AUGGUGGGUGGAGGCUUAUUAGGAGCCAGGGUCUUGGCUCUGCUGCAGCCAGACGACGCUGAGGUUGUACGAGGCGAGGUUCUCAGAAUGACGCCAGCAGCCGAUGGCAUGGCUGUCGGCAGCGAGGCUGUCUUCUGCAGCAGGCGGUAUCAUCGAGGCGAAUUCGAGCCAUGUGGCGUGGGCAAAGAAGCGUGGAAGGGGGAGUGCGACAAGAUGGCAGCCAGGCUGGCUGGAUGGAAAUGGAACCAUUGCGGAGACGAGUCUGGUGAUGUCUGGACAGAUGCGUGA